GAACAGAAUCGUCUUCGUCGGAACUUGUAAGAUCGCAAGCAAGCAACGAAAAGCAGGAACCAGCACCGUCCACAAAUCACCAGAAGCACUCCAAACCACCCCAUGAGAGAACAGGUCGGUGACUUUUACGCCCACCUCGUGGGGGGCACCUCCCCCUCCCAAAUCGACCGAGAGCUGACCUCGAGCACGGCGCUCCUGUCCCGGACCGGAAAGCCCACCGUCAUUCACUUUUACGACGGCGGGUGAGGCGGGUGCCGCCCCUGUGCGGCACAAAUGAAGAAAUGGUCYCUGGCGAUCCCCACGGUCCAGUUUCUCUGCGUCUGCGUGGAAUCCCCCCAGGUAGCCAYCAUGUUCCACCACAUGUUUGGCUUUGACGCCGCCCCCGAUCUAAUCAACUGCUAUAUCCCGUCGAGGCACUACAUGCCGGUCGGCUAUGGCCAGCUGGGGUGUUCUGGCUUUAUUGUGAGCGACGCCGAGGGAAACUUUGUCAGCCGAAAGACCAAGGCCUAUCUCCAGUACGGGGAGGACGCCUUUGGGCACGUCGAGCACAUGCUGGAGGGACUCGUUCCSGACCUCUAUGGAAAGACCGGAACGGRGACGGACGAUGCUCCUUCCUCCGUGGUCAUGGAGCGGGAGGUCGCAAAKAAUGGCGAGAAAAGCCAAAAGGUAAGGAUUGUCCCGUGAGAACUUUGYCUCUUUUGCCAUGGCUUGACCGACGCUAACACAUUUUUCUGGCGUUGGCAGAAGCAAAAGACAGACCCCAAUAAAACGAUGCAGCCCCCCGAAUCCGUCGGUGUGGAGGYCAUGGACGAGGAACACAAGAUCUGCACCGACUCCUUCAACCGCGCAAUGAAGGAUCCCACCGUGGACAACCUGGAGGAGCUCCACGACAUUCUCAAGUCCCACUUUGACCACGAGGAGGAGCUCAUCGAGAAAUACUCGUCCUCCAACGGAGGCUUUUCGGCCCUCAAGUCGCACCGGAUGGACCACCAGCGGAUCCUAGGGAUCGCCACGGCGGAGCUCUCGCGGGUGGCGGCGUCCGSAUCCGCAUCGGAUUGCGGCACCUGUUCYCUGCAGCAGGGAGGCAGGAAGGAAUGACACGAACCGGCGGCGGCACCCACUGGGGCGCCAUCGCCGGCCACCAACAAGAUUGACGCAGGYGUGAUCUACAAGCUCGCCGACGCCUUUCAUGCCCACGCCGAUCAGUUYGAUUCUCUCUACCAGGCCCAGAUUCCCGCGGAUGCGGAAUAAAGAUAUCAAUAAGCG